AUGCACUACGACCUCUCGCCUGCUACCUGGAAGCAGGGGGUGACAGGGACGGAGGUGCUGAGUGCCUGCAAGGAGACUUCCACACACCUGCAUGGCCUCUUCUGGGUGAAGGCCUACUAUGGGCAGGUGCUCACUGUUCACCUGUUCAUAGUGCACCUGGGCCCGACGCUGGUAGUCUUGCUGUGCAGCUAUGAGGUGCUUCACGAGGCUCUGGUAGAGCAGGCAGCCACCUUCAGAGGGCACCCAGCGAUGGCCAUUUCCAAGAGGACCAACCAGGGAGAUGGUGAGGCCUGGUGGGGUGUGGGAGGGAGGGCAGGGCUCUGGGACAGGAUCAACCGACUCCCUCCAGGGGGCGAGAUGGGCUACCUGAAGAAGAGUGGGAAUGGGAGCCUGCUCUACGGCGUGGUCAACACGGCUGAGCCAGAUGCAGACGAGGAGGAGACCCACCCGGUGGACCUGAGCUCCCUCUCCAGCAAGCUGCUUCCCGGCUUCAGCUUCACCACUCCGGGCUUCAAAGAUGAGGAGGGAAGGAGCACAGUCACAUUUCUCUCAAGUGCCAGUACUGCGCUUUCCAUGCACAAUCAUUCUGUAUUUGGAGACUUGAAACCAGACGAAACGGAGCUUCUGUAUUCUGCCUAUGGGGGUGUGCAGUGUGCGCUGAGCCUGCAGGAGUUUGUGAAGGAUGCUGGGAGCUACAGCAAGAGAAUGGUGGACGACCUCCUGGACCAGAUCACAGGCGGAGUCCACUCCCGGAUGCUCUUCCAGCUGAGGCAGAGGAGAAGUGUCACGAUGAAGCCAUCAGAAGAAGUAAAGACUGGGGACUCCCUAGGAGAUGGUGGCUCUGUGCUGGAUUUCAUGUCAAUGAAGUGGUAUUCUGACGUCUCUUUGGACAUCUCCAUGCUCAGCUCUCUGGGGAAAGUGAAGAAGGAGCUGGACCGUGAUGACGGCCAUCUGAACUUGGACGAGACGACGAAGCUCCUACAGGAUCUGCAUGAGGCGCAAGCAGAGCGUGGGGGCUCCCGGCCAUCGUCCAACCUCAGCUCCCUGUCUAACACCUCCGACAGGGAUCUGCACCACCUGAGAAGCCCUUCUCGCCUCAGUGUCGGUGAGCAGCCAGAUGUGACCCAUGACCUGUACGAAUUUCUUCAGCCUCCAGAGCCUGCAGCCUCUACAAAGAGCAAGCCUUGUAGAUAGUCAUUAAUUGUUUGUUUUGUUUUGAUUUGCAUGU